CAGAACGAGUACUACCACCCCUCUCAACUAUGGUCACACUGACCACAUCCCGUAAAGAGUUUUUCAGAGAUGAGUUUGCGGCAGGAAAAUUGAAUAAUUCACGGAAAUAAACAAAGUAAACUAAGUGGAAGCUGUAAACCUGACCAGCAAUUAUGUUGCGCAUCUAUCAAAAUACAUACCGGCGCACCGCGAGAAAAGCUGUUGUCUACUCCACCAAGGUCGCCUGCUGCAAUCAUUCCACGCUCUGUGGCAUCACCAGUCACCCACGUCGAUCGCAGGACAAUGGGAGCUCCAGUUCAAAUGGCAGGCACCGUCGCCACGAGGAGUUCUUACUUGCCGGCAAUUCGGCCAGGGGCUGGCAGAUGCCUCCGCCGUCGCGUGGUUACGGGAUGCUGGUGGUACGCAUCCUGCGGGGUGCCCUCAAGCUGCGAUACCUCGUCUUGGGCGGCGCCAUCGGCGGGGGCGUGACGCUGAAAUCAAAAUACGAGGACUGGAAGGAUGGACUGCCUGAUUUUAAGUGGCUGGAGGAUGCCAUGCCGCAGGGCGAACGGUGGAGCCAAUUCUCGCGGAAUCUCAUUGAGGUGGGCUCGCUGGUGAAGAACGCCAUCGAUGUCGAUCCAAAGCUCAAGCAGCUGGGCGAGGAUAAGUUGUCGGAAUGGCGCAACUGGUUCGACAGUCGUCUGGAUGAUGCCAUCGAGGCGGCCGAUUAUCAAGGAGUUCAGAUUGUCGAAACUAAAGAUGACUUAAAAGCGAAAACAACGGUGGCCGCCUUAGGCAUAACAUCCGAUGAGAGUCGGAAAAAGUAUGAGAAACUCCAGAGCCAGGUGGAGACGCUACAGACGGAGAUCAUGAACGUCCAGAUUAAGUACCAAAAGGAGCUGGAGAAGAUGGAGAAGGAGAAUCGCGAGCUACGCCAGCAAUACCUCCUCCUCAAAACGAACAAAAAGACCACGGCAAAAAAAAUCAAAAAGUCCCUGAUCGACAUGUACUCUGAGGUCCUGGAUGAGCUAUCCGGCUACGAUACGGGCUACACCAUGGCCGAUCACCUUCCCCGUGUUGUGGUAGUGGGAGAUCAGAGCAGCGGCAAAACCUCUGUGCUGGAAUCCAUUGCUAAGGCUCGCAUCUUUCCCCGCGGCAGUGGAGAGAUGAUGACGCGAGCCCCAGUCAAAGUUACUCUAGCUGAAGGCCCAUAUCAUGUGGCUCAGUUCCGUGACUCUGACCGGGAAUACGAUCUCACCAAGGAGUCUGAUCUGCAAGACCUUCGUCGUGAUGUGGAGUUCCGCAUGAAGGCGUCGGUGCGAGGUGGUAAAACUGUCAGCAAUGAAGUGAUUGCCAUGACGGUCAAAGGUCCCGGUCUGCAACGCAUGGUUCUAGUCGAUUUGCCAGGAAUAAUUUCGACCAUGACUGUCGACAUGGCUUCAGAUACAAAAGAUUCCAUUCACCAGAUGACCAAGCAUUAUAUGAGCAAUCCGAAUGCCAUCAUUCUCUGCAUUCAGGAUGGAUCUGUGGACGCUGAGCGCAGUAAUGUGACGGACUUGGUCAUGCAGUGUGAUCCCUUGGGACGACGCACUAUUUUUGUGCUCACAAAGGUGGAUUUGGCCGAAGAGCUCGCGGAUCCUGAUAGAAUAAGGAAAAUCCUUUCGGGCAAACUCUUCCCCAUGAAGGCUUUGGGUUACUAUGCCGUCGUUACAGGUCGUGGCCGAAAGGAUGACAGCAUCGAUGCUAUUCGGCAGUACGAGGAAGACUUCUUUAAGAACUCCAAGCUGUUUCAUCGUCGAGGGGUUAUCAUGCCCCAUCAGGUGACCAGCCGCAAUCUGAGCUUGGCGGUGUCCGAUCGUUUCUGGAAGAUGGUGCGGGAAACCAUUGAGCAGCAGGCGGAUGCAUUUAAGGCGACUAGAUUUAAUCUGGAAACGGAAUGGAAGAAUAACUUUCCCAGAUUGCGCGAGUCUGGCCGAGAUGAGCUGUUCGACAAGGCAAAGGGCGAGAUCCUGGACGAGGUGGUAACGCUCUCGCAAAUCUCCGCCAAGAAGUGGGACGACGCUCUUAACACCAAGCUGUGGGAAAAGCUCUCCAACUAUGUGUUUGAAACCAUCUAUCUGCCCGCUGCACAGUCAGGUUCUCAAAAUUCCUUCAACACGAUGGUAGACAUCAAGUUGCGCCAGUGGGCCGAGCAGGCACUGCCCGCUAAAUCGGUGGAAGCUGGCUGGGAAGCAUUGCAGCAGGAAUUCAUAUCCCUGAUGGAGCGCUCAAAGAAGGCGCAGGAUCACGACGGCAUCUUCGAUCAGUUGAAGGCCGCGGUGGUGGAUGAGGCUAUUCGGCGGCACAGCUGGGAAGACAAGGCCAUCGACAUGCUCCGCGUUAUCCAGCUGAACACGCUGGAGGAUCGUUUUGUGCACGACAAACAGGAGUGGGAUUCGGCGGUUAAGUUCCUGGAGACUUCGGUGAGUGCCAAGCUUGUGCAGACGGAGGAAACGCUGGCACAAAUGUUUGGACCCGGACAAAUGCGACGCCUUACCCACUGGCAGUACCUGACACAGGACCAGCAGAAGAGGCGAAGCGUUAAGAACGAACUGGACAAAAUACUCAAAAACGAUACGAAACAUUUGCCCACCCUGACUCAUGAUGAACUGACUACGGUACGCAAGAACCUUCAGCGUGAUAACGUGGAUGUGGACACGGACUACAUAAGGCAAACGUGGUUCCCGGUCUACAGAAAACACUUCCUUCAGCAGGCGUUACAGCGGGCAAAGGAUUGCCGCAAGGCCUAUUACCUCUACACGCAGCAGGGAGCCGAGUGUGAGAUAUCCUGCAGCGACGUUGUGCUCUUCUGGCGCAUCCAGCAGGUGAUCAAGAUAACAGGCAACGCACUGAGACAGCAAGUAAUCAAUCGGGAGGCGCGUCGGCUGGACAAGGAGAUCAAAGCGGUGCUGGACGAGUUCAGCGAUGAUGAGGAGAAGAAGGGUUAUCUGCUCACCGGCAAGCGCGUGCUACUAGCCGAGGAACUAAUCAAAGUGCGACAGAUACAAGAGAAGCUAGAGGAGUUCAUCAAUUCACUUAAUCAGGAAAAGUAGUGUGCCAUGACCAAAGACACAACACCCGAGACGUUACUUAUUUAACUUGAUAGUUUAAGGCCACAUUUGGAAUGUUUGUUCAUAGUCACGCUUGAGCCCCUUAGUUAAGCAUACUUUGUGCUCCGAAAGUAAUAAACCAAUAGAUCGUUAGUUCGUA